AUGAUAAAUGACCGUCCUCGCAGGUGCCUUGACGACGCCUGCGACAUUAUCGCGGCCGCCCUCGCCUGCGUGCGGCGGCCGCAGAUGAGGGCGGCCACUUAUCAGUCCCUGAGCCGCCUGGCCGAGGCUGCGGAAGGCGCGGGGGCGCACCUGCGCCUGGGGCCCGAGAUCUUGGUGCGCCUGCAGGAGAUCGACCCGGCGGCCAGCCUCACCGGCAGCCAGGCAGCCGGCGCGCUCAACGGCGGCGGCGGAGGCGCGAUUGCUGCGGGCGCAUGGCGCGGGGGCGUGCGGGGCGAGAGGGGGGCCACCACUCAAGCGGGCGGCGCUGUGAUGGGGCCGCCUUCUGCGUCUGCGGCGGCGCCAUCCCCGGUGGCGGCAGCGGCGGCUGUAGCAAAGGAGGAGCCGCGGCAGCAGAGGCGGCAGCAGCAGGAUGAGUCAACCGCCAAGCGCCAGAAGCCAAAAAGACGCUCUGUUCCACCCUUUGGGGAGGCUUCGCAAACAGAGUAUGUGGCCAUAGCCACUACCGCAGGCGCCGGCGGUGGCGUCGGAGGCGGCAGCGGCAGUCGGAAGAAGCGACGAGCUGUGGGGGUGAGCCUUUACAACAGCACUCUGGACGGCAGCCAGUCGCAGUCCGCAUGGCCCCUGAACGACGGCAGCAGCGGCGGCCGCGACGGCUGCGGCUCGCUGGAGCCGGGGCUCGGCACUUCGGCGGUCGCGGCGGCGGGUGGGCAGGCGUUUGGGCAGGACGUCCCGGCUGACAGCACCGCAGGUGGCGAAGCGGCGGAUGGGUUGCCGCCGCCGAGGUCGCCGCCCGGGCAGGAGCAGGGCCAACAGCAGGAGCAACAGGAGCAGCAGCAGCAGCAGCAGCAGCAGCAGCAGCAGCAGCAGCAGCAACAGCAACAGCAGCCCCAGGGGCAGGGAAAGCCACUCAGACAAGGGGAGCAUCACCCACACAUGUCAGACAAGCAGCAGCAGCAGCAGCAGCAGCAACAGCAGCAGCAGCAGCAGCAGCAGCAGCAGCAACAGCAGCGGCAGCAGCAGCAGCCGGAAGGGGCCGACCAGAUGGACGUCGACGGCCACACGCGGCCCGCGGCCCCCGAGCCGCCCGCCUGCCUGCAGCUGGGCAGCCAGGCGGCCAUUGAGGAGGUCAGCAGGCUCGUGUCGGCCCUGCCAGACUCUCAGGGGGACGCCUCGUGGGGCGGCGGCGAGGGGGCCGUUGACGGGGUUCCCAGGGCAGGGCUUGCCGUGCUGUCUGCUGCCAGGGAGCAGUCAGGGCCUGCAAGACUGCAGGCCAUUGCUGGGGUGGCGGCAGCAGCAGCGGCGGCGUCACCAGCCGGGGAGGCCACGCUAGGUCAGGGCACGGCGAUUGAUCAGGAAGCAGAGGCAGGCUGCAAGCUGCAGGAGGAGCGGCGGCAUGGGAAGAUCGAGGGCGCGGCGGCCACUGCCGCCGCCGCUGCAGAUGCCCCCUCCUCGGGCGGCAGGGGCCGCCGCAAGCGCAGCAGCGGCGGCGAAGGGGCUGGCAAGGGCGGCAAGGCGCCGCGGGUCGGGCAGGAGGGCAGGUCCGGGGUCGCCGGCCGAGCUGAAGUUGAAGAGCAGGGGGAUGGAAAGGCCGGCGGCGACCGCGCCAGCAGCAUGGCGUAUGGAGGGUCGAGGGAGGGAGCUCUGGCGUCGAGCAUGGGGGUUGGGGGUGCUGCCGGUGGCGGCGCGCAGCCGGACGUUGACUGCGCCGCGGAUCAGGAUGGUUGCCGGGUGGCAGCGCCCGCGGCGGCUGAGCGUCAGGUACUGGGCGUGGCGGCCAGCGAGCAAGGGCCGGCUGUUCAACAGGUAACACAGCAGCAGCAGCAGCAGCAGCAGCAGCAACAGCAGCAGCAGCACAAGCACCAGCACCAUACGCCGGCUCACCAUCAAGAUGAGCAGCAAAUGGUGCAAGACCGACGGCAGCAUCCACCCUGCUCGAGCAGGCCGCCACAUGGCGCCUCUGACGGAGCGCUCGCGCCGGCCAUCACUCUGCCCGACGCGCCGUCGGCGGCCAUGGACCCUGCUGCGCCGUCAGCGGCGCCGCCGGACGCCCCGCCGCCGCCUUCGGAGCCUGCGGGGCCGCCGCCUGCCGAGCGGGCGCCAGACGAGUCGUAUGCGGAGCUCGAGCUUUUCAGCACCCAGCAGCUGGCCGCCGCCUGCGGCCUGCCGCCGCUCGGCGCCACAGCCGCGCGGCCGCUGCUCAGCUGCUCCAGCGCGCCCGCCCGCGCGCCAGCAGCCCCGCCCCGCGCGCCCGCACCCGCGCCUGCGCCCGGCGCCGGCGAUCUGCGGGCCGCCGUGCGGGCGGCGUGCGGCGGCAUCGCGGCGCUGGACGCGGCCGGGCUGUCGGAGGUGAUGGGCCUCGCGGUGGAGCUGCUGGAAGCUGCCAGGCGGGACAUGCAGAGGCGGCUGGCGUGA